AUGGCUCAGGAAAAUUCCAGCACCAUCACCGAAUUGGUCCUUGUUGGAUUUUCUAAUCACCCCAAAACUGAGAUGCCCUUCUUCUUCCUCUUCUCUGUGGUCUAUCUGGUCAAUCUCUUUGGAAACACAGUUCUUAUCAUUUUAGUGGUAAUUGAUUCCUGUCUCCAGACACCCAUGUAUUUUUUCCUCUGCCACUUGGCCUUUCUGAAUAUAUUUUACACCACAACUGUCGUCCCCAAGAUGCUCUUCAACCUCCUUGCUCCUAAGAAAGUUAUCUCUUAUGAUCUCUGUCUUGCUCAGACCUACAUCUCCCUGCUAAUGGGAGCAGCUGAAUGCAUUAUUUUGGCAAUCAUGGCUCUGGACCGUUAUGUGGCCAUUUGUUACCCUCUGCGAUACCUGCUCAUCAUGAACUGGUCUAUGUGUGUACAGCUUGCUGUGGGAGCAUGGACCAUCAGCUUCUUUGCCUCAGUGGUGCCCCUCUACUUCACCAUGCUUCCCUUAUGUGGCCCUUAUAUUGUUGACCAUAUUUUUUGUGAAGUACCUGUUCUUCUUCAUAUGUUCUGUGCUGAUACAUCCCUGCAGGAGACAAUGAUGGUGAUAGGUGCAUGUGGUACCCUCUUGCUCCCCUUCCUCCUUAUUACCCUCUCCUACCUACGCAUACUGGUUGCUGUGAUGAGGAUGCAGUCAGCAGAAGGCAGGAAAAAGGCUUUCUCUACGUGCAGCUCUCAUCUGACUGUGGUGACCAUUUAUUAUGGGACAGGUAUGUUCAUGUACAUGAGACCCAAAUCUCUAUAUUCAGCUGAAGGUGAUAAAUUGAUCUCUUUGUUCUAUGCUGUCAUCAAUCCUGCUUUGAAUCCACUAAUCUAUAGUCUGAGGAACAAGGAAGUGAAAGGAGCCUUGAAGAGACUUUUAGAGAGAUCGACAAUGUCCCAAAUUCAAAAGAUACUCUCCUGA